CGACGACGCUUGGACAGUAGUAGUGGUAGCAGUAGCAGUAGCAGUAGCAGCACCUCACUCACUCCCCCUUGAACGCUCUUUAGCUUUCGCAACACUCGCUGCGGGCUUCGCCCCCGCGUUUCCUUCUUUGUCUGCUUGCUUGCUUGCCUGCCUCGCUUGCGCUUCGCUGGUCUUCUUGUAUCCAGUGAGUGCUUGCGCUUGGUGGGCACUGGGGAGGCUGGGCAAGCUUGGUGGGUAGUUUGCUCUGGGUGGGAUAUGUCGAUGAGGCGCGGGUGGGGCGUCGCAUGUGCCCUACCCUUGACGAACAGCACGAUGCGCUAGGUGCUUUUUCUGCACUGACCCGCUUGCAGAUCGGUUCUGCUGCUGCUGCUGCUGCACAGAUCUGGGUUGUUAGCGUAAUUGCGUAACUGCGUAGCCGGAGCGGAUUUCCAUGAAUAUGGAUGGUCCUAGGGUGUGGUGCUUGUGAGGGUGAGGGCUAGCGUGUGGCGAUGUAGGGAAGGCGGAGGGGAGACUCAUUGUUUGGCUGAAGGGAGAAAAUCGUCGACGGGGGUGGGGGAUUUUGGGUUAGACAAGGGUGUGAGGAGAGUGGGCGUAGGAGAGACGCACGAUGAGGGGAGAGUGGGUGCGUAGACGAGUGCAUUGGAUGUAGUGAACGAGGCUGUGGACGACGGAGGGUUUUGAUUUUUGGGCGAGUGGCUUCGCUUUGUCGGCAGUGGAGGUCCUCGUGGUUGUUCAGAUGGUAUUGAUGGGGGGUCGUGUGCGCGUGUGGGUGAGUUGAACUUGGCAUGAGACUGGCACGAGUGCGUGGGCUUAAGUGCAUGCACGUAAAGGUUAGAGGGAGUUAUGUUCCGCGGUUAGUGGUGACUUUGUGCGCACCGCAUGGCAGCGUCGUUCGCAUAUGCAGGAGAUUUUAGCAUUUCAAAUUAUUCGAUUGUGGUUUGUAAGUUGUCAAGCUUGUAUCUAAGGGACAGAGUGGCAGCACUGGCGGGACAUGGAGGAGAUACAUGCAGGAGAAGUGGAGCGAUUUUUUUUUGGUGAUGGACGCACGGCAUAGCAUUCUGGCUGAAUGCGGAAUAAUAUCGAUUAUUAUCCAGUGCGGAACUUGGCGGUGGACGGUUGGUUUUGCAGCAGACUUCGUGCUGAGAGUUGGGCGAAUGCGUUAGCUGGAGUGCUGCCCAGGCUCGUGCUGAAGCUGGUGACAUGUGGGAGGCUGAUGUCUACGCGGGCGGCAUGGGGUGGUUUGUGCAGGUGGAUUGAUUGGGGUUUUUCUUUGUGCCUUUUUUUGAUGCACAGUCAGGAUGUGUGGAGGCCGUGCUGACCGUUGUAUGUCAGGCCUUAAGAUUGGAUGCGAAACUCCUGAAGAGAACUCCAGCAGAGUUUUGUUUACGCCGUGUACAGAUUAGACGGAGACGGUUGAAAAGCAAUGAGUGCAUACGCCGUAGCAGGGUGAGCUUGGGCGACCUUCUUGUACUGGAGAGUGGGACUUUAGAAAGAGGGUGGAUUGCAUGCGGCACUCCUAGAACAGAGGUUUGAAGAUGAAAGUCCAUCGUCGUGCGGCAGAGGAUGGUAUGGCUGACAUUGUGAUCGACACUGUGGAGACCAAGUGAGGCUAAAUGGACCGCUUAGGUAAAAUGUUGGAAAUGGUCGUUCACGGGGAGAAUUGUUUGAAACAUAUAGCGAGCAUCUAUGUGGAGGAAGACGACGGUGAGAACAGCAGUGGUGAAGAGGAUGGCGUGGAAUCGUCAGCGGAGGCGGGACAUGGUAGUGAAGGCCGGCAUGGAUUGGGCGAGAGUGUGGGCAUGGAGGGUAGGGAUGAUGGAGUCAACGACGAGAAUAGGACGGAGGAGUGCGGAGGGAGCUUCGACGGGGUGCAUGGUGGGGGUAGCUCGGAGGAGAGGGAUGACGGAGCUGUAGGAGGAGGGGAAGAAAUGCAUGGUGGUGGGAACAUUGCAGAGAAUGGGUUUGUGCAGCAUGGGGACCGACACAAUGGGAUGACGGCGGGCGGUGAGAGGCACUCGGGAGCGGCAGAAGGGGCGCGGGUGGAGGGGGAGAAGAGGGGCUGUGCAGGUGGUGCGGAGGAUGGGGUCGAGCUGGGGGAGAAGAGUUUGUCGAACAGCGAUUGCGAUGGUGAGAGUGGAGAGGUUCAAGACGGGCCAGCGGUGCGUCGGAAAAGAGGGCGGCCGUCGAAGUCAGGCGAGUGGAAAGCGAACAUGCGGGCAGCUCCCAAGGUGGAAGAGCCUAGAGCUGUGCGGAUGAAUCGUGGGGUCAAGCGACGGUUUCCUGGUGACGACUCGGAAGACGACAGCUUACCGAAGCGUGUUCGUGUUCGGAGCAUCGCGGCCGUGUGCGGGGACUAUUCGGAGCCCAUGAAAGGAGAGGAUGUGAGCAUGGACGAAGCCGUGGAAGGAGGCUCGGCUAGGAAGCGCGGGCGGUGUAGAAAAGGCACCACAUUCGAGGGUAUUGUGGAGGUAGGCGAAACGGAGGUUUCAGCACUGGCGAGCUGCGGGAAAAGGAAGACGAUGGAGGCGGUUCUGGAUUCGGGCAGCACUAAGCGGCCGCGGCAUGGAAGAAACGGCGCGAUCUUCGCAUGCAAUGUGAAAGGAUGCAAGAAGCGAUUUGUGGAGGCGGCGUCUUUGUACGCUCAUGCACGGGUGCACGGGGAUCGGCCAUACGUGUGCCACUACGAGGGUUGCGUCAAGAGCUUUUCGGAAAGGUCGAAGUUGAAGCGGCACUUUCUGAUUCACACAGGCGAGAAACCAUUUCUGUGUCAGUACGAAGGGUGCGGCAAGGCGUUUUCGCUGGAUUUUAAUUUGCGCUCGCAUAUGAAGACUCAUACGGGUGACUACCACGAGUGUCCGUACGAUAGGUGCGAUAAGAGGUACUGUCAGGAGUACAAGUUGCGAGCUCACAUAUUGAAAGAGCACAAGAAGUGCAGCAAAGUCACGAAGAAGUCGAUGAAGGUGGUGGGCACCGGCGUGAGUGGGCCGAACAUGGGGGAUGCAGGAGGUUCAAAGAAACGGGAGGUUCUGGCUGGGCUGCAGACGAGGAGGUCGAAGCUGCAGUCAAUGAAAGAGGCGCGUUUGAGUAGGAUCGCGGAACUGGAGGCGGAGAAGCAGAGGGAAGGUAGCGAGCUGGGCCGCAUCGAGCGAAGCCUGAGGAAGUUGGAGCGGGAGCAGAGGCGGGUAGAGGAGGGACAAGCGGUGCGUGGUGUGACGUCGGUGUCGGGAUCGGAGGAGGUGGAUGGGGAGAACGGGGAUGAAGGAGAGGAAGCAUGUCCAUCGAACAGAAAUGGCGGGGACACGAGGUCGUCGGUAGAACACGAAAGUCGAUUGGAGAUUACGGCAAUGGAAGAAGGGAAGGACGUGGUGAUGUUUGCUCACAAGCUUCCGACGGCGGACCAGGGCGCACGGUUGGUUGGGACGAUGGACGCAAAGCGUGCAGAGUCGCAACAAGAGGCAGGGACUAGCUUGAUGCCAACGUUGUGGGUGCAAGGUGCACGUCUGUUUCAGGGCCACGUUGGUGAUCAUUCGGCGUUGAGACCACACGUGAAUUCUCGUUGUCCAGCAGGUGCAGAGGUGGCGAAGUCUGGGAGUGCGUGUGGACGGAGGUCUUGUGGAGGGAAAGAGAUGGGAGUGCAGCUGAGGCGUGGGAAUGGGGAGGGGUGCUUACAAGGGGAGAGCAGUGACAGCGGGGCGGGCAGGGGCAACGGGGGAGCCGGAAAGGUGGGUUGGGGUCUUGCGGAGGGAGGAAGUGGAAAGGCGAGGGUGAGUGGCACGAAGAAGAGUCUAGGUGCAGCGAGUAGAGGUGGGGUUGGGCAGAUGGAUGCGAGCGUGGUGGUCAGAGGGAAAGUGGUGCGGUGUUCAGCAGGAGAGAAGGGGAAGCGGGAGAGGGAGCUGGCAAGAGUGGCAAAGCAGCAUGCAGGUGGCGGAGUGCGUUCGUCAGAAACAUUUGUGGUGUCGAUGAACCCAAUCCUGUUAUCGAGCGAGCAUGGGUUUUCCCCGACGGAUGCCCGGUUUAUGGCGAAAGAAGGGUUCCCAUCGCUGGCGCAGGGGUUGGUGCGGGAGCAGUUGGGAGGAAAAGACGGGGGGGAGAGCACGUCAGGGCGGGUGUGUCCACCGAAGGAGAAGGCGUACCGGUCGAUGAACGAGGUGCUGCAUUCGGCCGCGGGGCAGGAUGGGUUUGUGGGUGGUGGGGGAUCGGAGGAAGGAUUUGCGAGAGGGCAGGUCCCAGCUGAGCAGAGCUUCGAGGAUUCGGCGGCGCAGCUGUUCACGUACCAUGAGCAACCGCGGUUAGUGGACUGAGGAGAGUGGUUGGGUGACGCGCAUGUGUGAGUGCAGUUUUGUGCCGUGAAGGAGGGCAGUGUGUAGGGGUGGGGUACGAUUCGCCGAUCGCACAUGGUGCGAUUUUGUGCGGAGUAUAGAGAGUGCCAAAGGAGGAUUGGUCGUGAAUGAUGGAAUCUUUGCGGCGGUGGGUAGUGGUGGGAUGAAAGUGGAUGGGGGGCGAGAGUCUUGGUGAAGUGGGUUUUGAUGGUUGGUGUUAGUGAACGAUGGAGGUGACUUCAUCAUUCUUGAUAGGUAGCCAUUGGUUGUAGGAGGUAUUUCUUUCGUAAACUUAUAGCUGUAGGUUGGGCUGUGCAUAUGAGGAAGCUUGAGAUGGUUAAUUUUAGCUCUCUAGUUAUUGUCUGUACUCUAUAGGCGUUCUUUUGUUGCUCUGGCUAGGGUUUUAAAAUAGGUGAGCUGGUUUUAGUUUGUUUGAGGUCAGAGCUAGUAUUCUCACAUGAUGAGAUAUCAAUAUUAGAUUUCUUGUUCAUUGAUGGGUCGUUUUGUUGGUGGCUUUACCCACAAUUGCCCAAUUGGAGUGUGGUUGAGCAAGCGGUUUUUUAGUGUGAUAGGAGUUGGUCUGUUUUUUUAGGGCAGAUGUGAAGUUCGACUCUUACAGAGAUUUUUAAUAUAUUUAGCAUUGAUUGAAUUAUU